AUGACCGACCCUGAUGUGCCAGCCACGCAAAAGGCCUUUGUGCCUCUAGAGAACAACCCCGAGGUUAUGAGCCACCUGGUGCACCAGCUCGGCCUGCCACCCACCCUGGGCUUCACCGAUGUCUUCUCGAUCGACGAACCCGAUCUUCUCGCCCUCGUCCCCCGGCCCGCACACGCUCUCCUCCUGGUCUUCCCCGUCUCAGCAACCUACGAAGCCUCUCGCACAGCAGAAGAUAGCACCCUCCCCGAGUACACUGGCUCCGGCCCCACCGAGCCCGUCAUGUGGUUCAAGCAGACUAUCCGCAACGCAUGCGGACUCAUCGGGCUGCUCCACGCCGUAUCCAACGGGGAGCCCCGCCGCCAGGUGAUUCCGGGGUCGGAUCUAGAUGCCCUCCUCCGCGGCGCGGAGGCCCUAGCCCCCGUGCAGCGCGCGGAUCUGCUAUAUGAUAGCAAAGCGCUAGAGAGCGCGCAUGGCGAUGCGGCCAAGCUAGGUGAUACAGCUGCGCCGCAGGCAGAGGAUAGUGUGGACUUGCAUUUUGUGGCGUUUGUGCGGGGAGAUGAUGGGACGCUUUGGGAGCUCGACGGGCGUCGGAAGGGGCCGUUGGCGAGAGGGUUGCUAAAGGAAGGAGAGGAUGCGCUGAGUGACGCGGCGCUGGAUCUGGGGGCGAGGAGGUUCUUGAAGACCGAGGCGGAGGGUGGGAAUCCGGAUCUGCGGUUCAGUUUGGUCAGUUUGGGGCCUGUUUUCGAUUGA